AUGGAGGGGAAACUUCAGACCACAAAACAUCAUCAUCAGCCCUUAACUUUCAUGGCAAGGCAAGAACCAGUAGAGGCAGCAACUGAUCCCCCAAAGCCUCAAUGCAAGGAUGGUAAAUUAGUUGUGAUGGUGGCUGUCAAAAUUCCAAGAUAUGAUUUGAAGGCUUAUAUGUCAACCAACGAUCACUAA